AUGGAAUUAGUUGAUAUUUUCAAAGCUCGGUUGGGCACAAUGAGAGAGAGUGGUUGGAAUAUUUUUUUUGCCGAUGUCCAAGAAUUUGUGUUGCUAAAAGUAUUCCGGUACCCGGUACCAAAUAUGGAUGACGAAAUACCAGUGCGGGGUCGUUCAAGAGCAGAAGGGAGGACUAUCACUAAUCUUCAUCAUUACCGUGCAGAGAUUUUUUAUGUUGUUAUUGAUAAAAUAUGCAUGGAGAUGGAUCACCGUUUAGUGAAGGGAGUAACAUUAUACUUGAUUGCUUCUCAUGUCUUGACCCCAAAAACUCUUUCUCCAAACUUUUCUGAUGACGACCGGGGAACAAUUAGGGAUCAACUUGAAACUUAUGUGCUUCAAGUGAGAAGAAAUGUUUCAUUUUCCACUUGUGUAGAUUUUCAAAGUUUGGCUAUGAAAAUGGUUCAAACUGAGAAACAUUUGGUAUUUCCAUUGGUUUAUAAACUUAUUGAGUUAGCUUUGAUAUAG